AUGAUGGUACUGGAACAAAGACACUUUACACUAGUAUCGACUAAUGCUGUACCCAACGGUUCUACAACUAAUAGCAAUAGCAACAACAUGCUAUUAGCAAAUGAAGCCACAUAUCAUCACGACAGAUCAGAGCCCAAAAGCACAGCGUUGCCUUCAUUUAGUGAACUACUCACUUCGAUACCGUUGCCAACUGCCUUCAAAUCAAGAAGUAAUAGCAAUGUGUCUGCCACUUCUGUCAAUACAUCAAACUCGAGCUCGUAUACUGGGUUAUCAUCACAACAACAGCAACAACAACAACAACAGCAGCAUCAGCUGAUGCAUCGUCCUACACCUUACUCGUACUACAGUCAACCUUCGGUACAGCAUAGAUUACCCACGCCGCCACCUCAUAACCAUCAGCAAAAUACACCACAACAAGUUCAAGACUACCAACAGCAACAACAAUACCUGUACCAAUACCAAGUCAUUGGAACCAAAAGGACAGCAUUUAUUGCUCCACAACCAGUAGCCUCCCAUCGCUCCUCAAAUAUUGAUCCUUUGACACCAGUAUCAGUUUCAAUCGAUACUAAAGCACGAUCGUCAUCCAUUUGUGAUAUUCCAAUCUCACCAGCAAUUGGUACUCGCUCAGCUACAUCUCCUUAUACCCAGCACCAACUCCAACAACAGGCAAGACUCCAGCAAACCAGUCCCCUUCAAGCUUCAACAACAACAACAUCCUCAGCAACAUCACCCAUCUUGAUCAACCAUGUCACUAAGGAUUCCCGCAGGAAACACGUGUGUAAAGUCUGUGCUAGAUCGUUUACCACUAGCGGCCAUUUGGCCAGGCAUAAUCGUAUACACACGGGAGAACGUAAACACAAGUGUCCUUGGCCUACAUGUGAUGCCAGAUUUGCUAGACAAGAUAACUGCAUGCAACAUUACAAGACUCAUACGAAUGGCAAGAAUAAGAGAAGAGCGAGAAAGUAUGUCAAUCAAGUACAAUAUGGUGAAGCUUCUGUGACUAGUUUAGAUAUUGAUGCUCAUGACUCUGCGUCAGCAUUGUCAUCUUCAUCGUCGUCUUCCUCUUCUACUGGAUUUGGUCAUCAUCAUCAUGUGGUGUCCAUGCCUCAAGGUGCUCGUGUGUUACCAAAUGUGUCACAUUUGACGAGAUGA